AUGGGUCCAGGAGACUCCAUGUAUGGGUUCGAGGACUCUCCGGACCACAGAGGGGCACAAGCAUUGUACCCACUUCCCCGGGAAGCAAAGGAAGGGAUCAGAAAACACAUUAACCGCCUCCAAGGAGACGGGAUCCUAGUUCCUUACAAAUCUCCAUGGAACACACCUUUGCUGCCCGUCAAAAAGGCCGAGAUUGGGGAGUACCAACAUGUCCAGGACUUGCGGGAAGUUAAUAAACGGGUUGAAAAUAUCCACCCGACGGAAGGAUUCCAAGGCCAGCUCACCUGGACAAGACUUCCCCAAGGGUUCAAGAAUUCGCCCACUAUCUUCGACGAGGCCCUACGUGAGGAUUUGCAUGAGUACAGAACCUCCAACCCAGGAGUCACUCUGUUACAAUACGUUGAUGACUUGCUAGUAGCCGCUGAGGACUAUGAUUCAUGUUUGCGGGGGACAAGAGCUCUUUUACAGACUCUGCAGGAAAAAGGGUAUCAGAUGUCAGCGAAGAAAGCACAGCUCUGUCAGAGCCAUGCCACUUAUCUGGGCUUUGAUCUCCACGAAGGAGUGCGUUCACUGUCUGAGUCCAGGAAACAGGUGAUCACCCAAUACCCCCGCUCUACCACGUCCCGACAACUCCCUGGGGACAAAGAGUUUGUAUCAUGGCAGCAGGAUUUGGAGGACUCCGUAAAGCCCACACAGCAGGCCCAGCCAACUGUUAUCCGCUGGUCUGAAGGGGGCAAGGAGGUCUUCAUCUCUGGGUCCUUCAACAAUUGGAGCACCAAGAUUCUACUGAUUAAGAGCCAUAAUGACUUUGUUGCCAUCUUAGACCUCCCUGAGGGAGAGCACCAGUACAAGUUCUUUGUGGAUGGACAGUGGGUUCAUGAUCCAUCAGAACCUAUAGUUACCUGUCAGCUUGCCAUGAUUUACAAUUUGAUCCAUGUCAAGAAAUCUCACUUUGAGGUGUUUGAUGCUUUAAAGCUAGAUUCAAUGGAAAGCUCGGAGACAUCUUGUCAAGACCUUUCCAGCUCUCCCCCAGGGCCUUAUGGUCAAGAAAUGUAUGUGUUUUGAUCUGAGGAGAGAUUAAAAUCCCCACUCAUCCUACCUCCCCACCUUCUUCAAGUUAUUCUUAACAAGGACACUAAUAUUUCUUGUGACCCAGCCUUGCUUCCUGAGCCCAAUCAUAUUAUGCUGAACCAUCUCUAUGCAUUUUCCCUUAAGGAUAGUGUGAUGGUCCUUAGUGCAACCCAUUGCUACAAGAAGUAUGUCACUACUCUGCUGUAUAAGCCCAUCUGA